AUGGCUCAGCAAGUCAUUUUUAUUUUCAUGCUCAUGACACUCGCUGUUUCAGGGAGACACUUUUUUAGUGAGAAGCCAAGUUGCUACCAGCCGGCGCCCAGGAAGCCCAACUUUGGGGUGAAAACCGCAGUCCGUCCUCACGAACUCCUGAACCUCGCUCAGCUGCCAAAGUCCUGGGACUGGAGGAACGUAAAUGGCGUCAACUACGCCAGCACAACCCGUAACCAGCACAUCCCUCAGUACUGUGGCUCCUGCUGGGCUCACGGCAGCACCAGUGCAAUGGCAGAUCGCAUUAACAUCAAGCGGAAAGCAGUGUGGCCAUCUGCUUAUCUGUCCGUCCAACACGUGGUCGACUGCGCCGAGUCCGGCACCUGUCACGGAGGCGACCACGGAGGGGUGUGGGAGUACGCCCACAAGCAUGGCAUCCCAGAUGAGACGUGCAACAACUACCAGGCCAUCGACCAGAAAUGCAAACUAUUCAAUGCAUGUGGGACUUGCACAACUUUCGGGAAGUGCAACGUCGUGCAGAAUUACACAUUGUGGAAGGUGGGUGACUUCGGAGUCAUCAGUGGACGGGAAAAUAUGAUGGCAGAGAUCUACGCUGGAGGGCCAAUCAGCUGUGGAAUCAUGGCCACAGAGAAACUGGACGCGUACGCCGGGGGUCUGUACUCGGAGUAUGUCGAGACUCCUGACAUCAACCACAUUGUGUCGGUGGCGGGCUGGGGAGUAGAAAAUGGCACUGAAUACUGGGUUGUGCGCAACUCCUGGGGAGAGCCAUGGGGUGAGAAGGGCUGGCUCAGGAUUGUGACAAGCGCCUAUAAAGGAGGAAGUGGAAGCCAGUACAAUCUUGCGUUGGAGGAAGACUGCAUGUACGGAGAUAUGAUCCUACCCUCAACUUACCAAUAG